CAGGCGCUCGGCUCUGCCUGCCCCGCGUCCUCUGCGGCUGGCUAGCCGGAGCGCGGUCGCCCCGUCGAGCUCCCCCGAGGGCAUGCAGCAGCCGCUGGACACUGGGCUCCUGGGCUCUGCGGCGCGGGCGAGCGAGAGCGGAUGUGCAGCUCUUCUCCACAAUGAAUGAGUGUCACUAUGACAAGCGGAUGGACUUCUUUUACAACAAGAGUAACGCAGACACAGCCGACGAGUGGACAGGGACAAAGCUGGUCAUCGUCCUGUGUGUCGGGACAUUUUUCUGCCUCUUUAUCUUUUUUUCUAACUCCCUAGUCAUUGCAGCAGUGAUCACAAACAGGAAGUUCCACUUUCCCUUCUACUACCUGCUGGCUAACUUAGCUGCUGCAGACUUCUUUGCUGGAAUCGCCUAUGUAUUUCUGAUGUUUAACACUGGCCCAGUGUCCAAAACGUUGACUGUCAACCGCUGGUUUCUGCGACAGGGGCUCCUGGACGCAAGCCUGACUGCCUCUCUGGCCAACUUGCUGGUUAUUGCAGUGGAAAGGCACAUGUCAAUCAUGAGGAUGCGGGUCCACAGCAACUUGACCAAAAAGAGGGUGACACUGCUCAUUCUGUUGGUGUGGGCCAUUGCCAUCUUUAUGGGGGCGGUUCCCACACUGGGCUGGAAUUGCCUCUGCAACAUCUCUGCCUGCUCUUCCCUGGCCCCCAUUUACAGCAGGAGUUACCUCAUUUUCUGGACCGUGUCAAACCUCUUGGCCUUCUUCAUCAUGGUGGUGGUAUAUGUGCGUAUCUACAUGUAUGUCAAGAGGAAAACCAACGUGUUGUCUCCACACACGAGUGGCUCCAUCAGCCGCCGGAGGGCUCCCAUGAAGCUAAUGAAGACGGUGAUGACUGUCUUAGGUGCGUUCGUGGUGUGCUGGACCCCAGGUCUAGUGGUGCUGCUGCUGGACGGCCUGAACUGCAAGCAGUGUAACGUGCAGCAUGUGAAGCGCUGGUUCCUGCUGCUGGCGCUGCUCAACUCUGUCAUGAACCCCAUCAUCUACUCCUACAAGGACGAGGACAUGUACAGCACCAUGAGGAAGAUGAUCUGCUGUGCCUCGCAGGACAGCAGCACUGAGCGGCGCCCCUCCCGCAUCCCCUCCACCAUCCACAGCAGGAGUGACACGGGCAGCCAGUACCUGGAGGACAGCAUCAGCCAGGGCCCUGUGUGCACUAAAAAUGGCUCCUAAACCAAAGGUGUUUUUCUACCCUCUUCCCCUGGGGAAAGAGCUUUUGAGAAUCCUCGCCUGUCUAACAAAGCCCAUGCAUGGACAGCGUUGUUUGUGGUCUCCAUGAGUCACUGCUGGGGUUUUUAAGUUUUCAUUGUCAAGGAAGAUAAGACACCGUGUUUAGUGAAAGUGCACAGAAAAGGAAGACAGAAACAGGAGUUCCUGCUUGUUGUCUGUGGACAGCUCAAGACAUCCUCCAGCUCUGGGCUCUGCGACCAUCUUGCCGCCAUUAUCUCUAUGUUUUCAAAGAUAGCGUUGAAGGGUCUAGGUCAAAAGAAACAGUAAAUAAUGGUACUUGAGCCUGCUUGAGUGGCUGCUAGACUAUAGGUAGUUGUUUCUGCAUGUGUUCAAAAUGUUCAAAAAUGCUUUAGCAGUGGGCUUUGUUUUCACCAAAGAAACUUUGGCCAAGAGCUAGAUGUACUGUAGGAAUCUGGGAAAAAAACCGGUACAAGUUCUGGAGUAAACUUGAUUUAUAACUAGAUGAACUUUCUGAGGAAAAACAUUUAU